AUGUUGACCCCCACAAUACUCCUCAUUGUCGUAGAAGUGGCUCCCAACCACGAUGGAUCGCAACUGCGCACAUGCGCCAUGCGCUCACUCCAUGAAUUCAAAGACUCUCCGAGCGAAAUCUUCCAUCUCGAUGCUGGUUUGUGCAUGUUCCUUUUUCGGUUCGUCACCGUACCCGUACCGUGUCACCUGAUUAACGCGGAAAUGAAUGAGGCGGAGUCCUCGAAUGCUCGCCAGAGCCUUAAGCCUCUGUUCAAGUUCGCAAUCCACAACCCAGUACGUUGGAUCAACCUGCUCGUCAGACACUUCAAUGCCAAGGAAGUAAAGGUUGUGGCAAACUUGACAAAGCUCUUUGAACUCUUCCUCGCCAAUUCUGGUAACGGUGGCAGUAGGUAUGAGAUGAGGUAUGAAAUAAGGUGUGAAAUACUGUGCUAUCCCGAGCGCGCGAAGAGCUUCACCAUGCUUCCUGAGACCUAUCAUGAAGCUGUCAAAGUCGUUGAGAUUUGUGAUGAUUUGCAGACUCGUAAGCGAUUUACAUGA